AUGGGGGUCGUGGGGGGCUUAAAAAUCCCCCAAAACCCACCGCAGAGGCCCAAAAAGGGGGGGCUUUGGAGCGUCCCGGGUGGUUCUUGGGAUUCCCGUGUGGUUUUUGGGUCUUCCCAGGGUUGUUUUGGGGGUGUCCCUGGGGGGUCUCAGCCCGUGUCCCCCCCAGAGCGGGAAAAGGAUGGGGCCGUGGAAGGCACUGAAUUCGGGGGCCCCCCCGAGAAACGUGAGGCCGAGAGAGGGGGCCUGGGGGGGCUCCCCCAACCCCCCCGUGGUCCAGAGGGGGGGGGGCUGGCGGCCGCUGCCCUGCAGAGAGUGGCCGCGCUGCGGCAGCUGCUGCGGGCGGGGGGGGGCCACGGGGACCCCUCCGAGCAGGAUUUGGGGGGGGGUCCCGGCGCGGCCCCCCCCGAGCAGGAGCGGAGACACGCGGGAGAUGGGGCCGAGAGCGACGGCGAGCGCCCCGAGGGGGGGGCCGCAGGGGCGGCCCCCAGCGGCCCCUGGGGGACUCCGGGGGCGCUGCCCGAGGCAGGGGGUCCCGAGCAGAGCCCACCCCCCAAUUUGGGGCUGUCCCCGGGCCCAGCAGCCUGGCUGGGGGCUGAACUGGGAGCACUGGAGGAGGCCCUGAGGGGGCUCAAGGAAAUCGAGGACCAUUACUGGCAGCUCUUCCUGGCCAAGCGCAGCGUCUUCACGUGAGGGAGGACGAUUCGCGACCCCCCCUCAAUUCGGGGCUGCAGUUCCUGGAGCCGCCACCGGAGGGCGACAAACGCCGAGCCUGAAGUUUUUGGGGAGGGGUCUCCAAGCCCCCCCCCCCCCCUUUUUUAUUUUAUUUUGGGGCGGGGGGGUCCCCCCACAUCCCGCUCUGGGGGGCUCCCCCCGCUGCCCCUCCUGCGCUGUUUGUUUUGGUUUUAUACAUUUGCUGCGAUUUUAUAUGAAUUUAUAUAUGGAGGGGGGGAGACCCCCUUCCCAAUUUUAGUGCUGGGGGUGGGCAUGGUGAUGUACAUAACUUUGGGGGUGGGGGCGUCACAAAACACCCCCUCCCCGCCGCUCCUCCCGCCCCACAGUGUGGGUGGAAAACCAAAGAAUUUGGGAAAAUGCCAAAUAAAGUCAAGGUUGCUUCUGC